AUGGGCACCCAGGGAAAAGUUAUUAAAUGCAAGGCAGCCAUUGCCUGGAAAACUGGCAGUCCCCUUUGCAUUGAAGAAAUUGAAGUGUCUCCGCCUAAAGCUCGAGAAGUUCGAAUUCAGGUAAUGGCCACGUGCGUGUGCCCUACUGACAUCAACGCCACCAAUCCUAAGAAGAAAGCUCUCUUCCCAGUAGUCCUUGGCCAUGAAUGUGCAGGAAUUGUAGAAAGCGUUGGGCCAGGAGUGACAAACUUCAAACCAGGUGACAAAGUAAUCCCAUUCUUUGCACCACAGUGCAAAAAGUGCAAGCUCUGUCUGAGUCCUCUCACAAAUCUCUGUGGGAAACUCCGAAACUUUAAAAACCCCAAUAUUGAUCAAGAGCUCAUGGAAGACAGAACCAGCAGGUUUACCUGUAAAGGAAGAUCAAUUUAUCAUUUCAUGGGAGUCAGUUCGUUCUCUCAGUACACUGUGGUUUCAGAAGCUAAUCUUGCCAGAGUCGAUGACGAGGCAAACUUGGAGAGAGUGUGUCUGAUUGGAUGUGGGUUCUCAUCAGGCUAUGGGGCUGCCAUCAACACUGCCAAGGUCACCCCUGGUUCCACUUGUGCUGUCUUUGGCCUGGGGUGUGUAGGUCUUUCUGCUAUAAUUGGGUGUAAAAUAGCAGGUGCUUCCAGAAUCAUAGCUAUUGACAUCAACAGUGAGAAGUUUCCAAAAGCCAAGGCCCUGGGAGCCACUGACUGCCUUAAUCCCGGAGACCUAGACAAGCCCGUCCAGGACGUCAUCACGGAGCUGACCGGUGGAGGUGUGGAUUUCUCCCUUGACUGCGCAGGAACAGCUCAGACUUUGAAAGCAGCUGUGGACUGCACUGUAGUAGGCUGGGGGUCAUGCACUGUGGUCGGAGCCAAGGUUGAUGAAAUGAAUAUAUCUACUGUGGACUUUAUAAUGGGCCGUUCUGUAAAUGGAACAUUCUUCGGUGGUUGGAAAAGUGUAGACUCUGUCCCAAACCUGGUUACUGACUAUAAGAAUAAGAAAUUUGAUCUGGACUUACUGGUGACCCAUGCCCUACCUUUCGACAAAAUCAAUGACGCAAUUGACCUGAUGAACCAAGGGAAAAGCAUCCGAACAAUCCUGACCUUUUGA